CAUCCCUCUACGCAAUCCCCUCUGAAUCUAAUACCUUCAUACCCCGCAUCGCAUCUCACUCACCCUAAUCCACCCGUCCGUUCCUCAAACCAAUCUCCCAACUAUAAAUACCCCCCACCCAUCCACACCAACCAACCUCCAUCCCCUCCAACCAAUGCUCCGUCCCUUCUCAACCCUGACCCGAAAAAUGGCUCCCAUCGAACGCAUCACCCUCUUCAAAAUCCCCAAUGAGGCCGAUCGCGAUCGCGUCUUGGAUCAGUAUAAGGUUUUGGUGAAGACGGCGGUUAAGGACGGAAAACCCUACAUCCUCAGCACCGCCGCCGGGGCCUCUUUCCCCGACGAGCGCAACAACGGAUUCAAUCUCUCCGUGAAGACCACGUUCGCGAGUCUGGAAGAUAUGGUGUAUUAUGAUGAGGAGUGUGAGGCGCAUAAGGCUCUGAAGGCAGUGGUGGGGCCCGUCAGGACGGAUAAGUUGACGACGUUUUUUGAGAGUGUUGUUUGAUCUUUUCAAUAUCAAUUUGGUUAUAGGUAUGGGUGGAUGGGUUUGGGUAGAUGGGUUCGAGAAUUGGGUUUCUUCUUGUGAUUUAUCUUUUAGCUUUUGCAUAGGGAAUGGUGAUGAUAGAUGUGUCAA